AUGUCCAUCGUGACCAUCCGGAACGUCGAAUUCCUCAACAAUCCCGCACGGUUCCUCGACCCAUAUCAUUUUAGAGUGACCUUUGAAUGCAUAGCACCAUUGCCAGAUGAUCUGGAAUGGCGACUCAUCUACGUAUCCUCACCCGGAAACGAAGAGCUCGACCAGGAGCUCGACGACUGCCUCGUGGGUCCGGUCCCCGCAGGCGUCAACGCCUUCGAGUUCGAAGGCUCUCCGCCAUCGCCGUCAAAAAUCCCCCCAGAAGACGUCCUCGGCGUUGCCGCGCUCAUCCUCACGGGAUCCUACAAGGAGCAGGAGUUCGUGCGCGUGGGGUACUACCAGAACACGGAGUACGACAACGAGGAGAUGAAGGAGGCGCUCCCGGAGCCGAUCAGGUUCGAUCGGCUGGUGCGGGAUAUCAACACAAAACCACGAGUAACGAGGUUCCAGAUCAAAUGGGACAUCUCACCACAGCAGCCUCCGCAGGCAGUGUCUGUCGGAGCGGCCACGUCGGCAGAGGUGCCUUCGGCAAACGAUAUCGAGGAGGGAGAAGAUUCUGAUGGGAUGUCUUCGUGA